GCAAUCUAAACACUUCCUAAGACAUUCAAAGCUUUCCUCCACCAAACAAACUACCGAGCAUACACACUCCGCCCAGCGUCUACGCCGUCGUUUCAUCAUGGCACAUAUUCAAACCAAGUGGGCUGAGCGGAAGGACCGCCUGUACAUCACCCUCGAGGUCACCUCUGCGAGUGACGUCCAGGUGAACUUCGAGGAGAAGAAAAUCUCCGUCGCCGCGCGCGGGAUCCCCGCGCAGACCUCCGAACCACGUGAGCUCCACUGCGAGCUCCCCCUCCUGAAGGCGAUCACCCCGGCGGAGUCGACCUAUAAGGUCCUCGGCGCCUGCAUUCAGAUCUGCGCGAUCAAGAAGGAUACGGAGUAUUGGAACCACCUCGUGGACCUCCCGGCACGACAGGUCAAGUCCUGGCUUUCCGUCGACUGGAACCUUUGGAAGGACGAGGAUGAUGAGGCGCUCGGGGAUAACCGCGACGCCGGGUUUGGGGGAUAUGGGGAUAUGUCGUCGAUGCUUGGAGGCGGCGCCGGCGGGAUGGACUUCUCCUCGAUGAUGCAAAAUAUGCCGCCGAUGGAAGGCGGCGACUCCGACGACGAGGAGGAGGACGGAGCCCAGAUCGAGGACGACGCCGAAGAGGAGGAGCUCCCCAAGCCGUCAGAGGAGGCUGCAGAGUCGAAGGACUCGGCCUAAGUAAAUUUGACUAAAUUAUUAGAUUUGACGUUAAUUUUAAUUAUUUCUAUAUGAUAUUAUUAUUAGGUAUGUGUGGUCGGCGACAAACAGAAUAACAAAGAAAGAAAAAUGGGCGAAGAUAGAUUGACUUAUUAAAAAAAAAGUGCACACCAUAUACCUCUAUUAAUAUUCUGAAAGUGAAAACACUAAGGUAAGAUUUAAAAGGUGAAUCAGAAAAGGAACGAGUAUCAGGUCAAGAUUUCUUGAUAAACUGAUCAGAGGGUUUUCUAUUAACUUAUUUAA